CGACCCUCAGAGCCAACCAACAGGGCGACCAAGCUCAAUUAUCUCAGACUACUCAGCUACCGCCUGUCCGCUCUCAGCUCCUUUGAGCCCUCAUCGAUACUCUUCAUGGCGAGGGUUCACCCCAACAUGGUGCCCGCCCCGGGCGCCGUCGGCGAGGCGCCGUGCGCGCCGGCCAGCUCCGCGGUGGAGGAGCCGACGACGCUGACGGUGUGGCGCAAGUCCCUCCUGUUCGACUGCAAGGGGUUCACGGUGUUCGACGCCAAGGGCAACCUGGCCUACCGCGUCGACAGCUACGCCUCGGAGACCGGCGACGAGGUCGUCCUCAUGGACGCGGCUGGCCGCCCCGCCUUCACCGUUCGCCGAAAGCGGUUCAGCUUCCAAGGCGAGCAGUGGCUCGUCUUCUCCGGCGAGGAGACGCGGCGGCCCGUGUACGCCGUCAGGCGCAGCGGCCGCGGCAAGACGAUGGCGCACGUGACGGCGUGCGCCGGCGCCGGGCCGUCUUACGAGGUGGAGGGGUCGUACGCGCGGCGGAGCUGCGUGGUGUACGACGGCGAGCGGCGCGCGGUGGCGGAGAUCAGGCCGAAGGAGGUGGUCGGCACGGACGUGUUCCGGCUGGCGGUGCAGCCUGGAGUCGACGUGUCGCUGGCCAUGGCCGUGGUGGUGGCGCUCGAGCAGAUGUUCUCCAGACCGUCGCUCCUCAGGAGCUGGUCCACAUAGAUUAUAUAGUUAAUUAUAAUUUGUUUGUUCAUCGGAGCACGUCUCAGUUUAGUCAAGCUUAUAGCUUUUUUUGCCCCAUGCACUCAGUUUGGGGUUGGAAUUGAGACCGUGAGAGUCGAUCGAUGGAUCUUUGUGUGUGGGCAUGAGAGCAAGCCGAUCUGUUCGAUGAUGCCCUCCAAAUCAAUCACAUAUACUACGUACUACUAUAGUAUGGCCAAAUCAUGUCUUUUGGUCUGUCGUUGUGUAUAUAUUCUCUCUAUAAGAGAGUGAAGGAAUAUAAACAGUUCAUUUGUAUA